GUGGCCGUCUCCGCAGUGCUGCCGUGUUAAAGUGAAAACCUGAUCGAUCACUGGCGAAUAACUACCGGUCAUGGAUGUAAGGAUCGACGACAUAAAAGGACAGAACGAAAACUCGAUUUGAAAAUGUAUUUAAGUGUAAUAAGUGAAGUAUCCUAUGUGCUGUGAGUGUGUGGUAAUCCUGGAGUAUAUUAGUGGUUUGAGUGUGCAAAGGAUCAUUAUCUAACAUGACGGAAUUCUUCGGAGGCUGGAGCGGCAACAACGAUGACGAUGACGAAAUCGAAGAGUCGGUUGAAACUGUGGAAACUGUUACCACAACAACCACAAGGUCGACAAGAAAAAGAACAGUGGCGCCUGAAACGUCGUCAACGACGAAGACGACGACGAUGACGACGCCGGCCAAGUUGUAUGGACGCGAGUUGUCGACUUACGACGAAGUUGACGUAGACGAACUACUUGCCAAGUUGUCACAGGAGGAGCUGACUAUGCUCGCGAAGGAGGUGGAUCCAGAUGACAACUUUCUCCCUCCCUCACAAAGGAAUAACUAUGCGUGUGAAAAGGACCCAACAGGGCCCCUGAACCGCAAGAAACUUAUAGAACACAUCAACAAACAGGCAUUGGAAACACCAGAUCGGCCAGAGGUCAAACCCUAUGUCGCUGGAGUAGUGCGAGGGAAAAAGUGGAUCCCACCGCCGAUUCCCGACAAAGUUCGAGAUGCGGAAGAACAGAUUACCAUCGACCUCGGCGACGAAUAUGAAACGGCCCUCACCACUGCCACACAGGAAGAGAUCAUCGAUCUUGCUGCAAUUCUCGGCUUCCACUCGAUGAUGAACCAGGAUCAGUACCACGCGUCGUUGCUAAACAAAGGACAGCCCGUCGGCUUGGGUUGGGACGGCAUCACAAAAGCAACCAAACCCAAGAUUUACCCCAUGGACCCCCCCAAUGACACAGACCCGGAACAGACCAUCAACAGGGUGAAAGACAACGACCAGACCUUCCUUGAUCUCAAUUGGAAUAACAUUAAGAACAUUAGCGACGAGAAAAUCGAGAAGCUUUUCGAAGCGUUAAAAACAAACACUCAUCUGGAAGUACUGUCCCUGGUCAACGUUGGUCUCAACGACCGCACCGCCCAGCUGUUGGCUGACGCGUUGGAAGCCAACAGUUCGCUGCGCGUGGUCAACGUGGAGACCAACUUCAUUAGUCCUGCUGGAGUUGUCCAGCUGGUGAAGGCCCUUCUCACCACCAAUACUGUUGAAGAGUUCCGUGCUUCCAACCAGCGAUCGCAAGUGCUGGGCAACAAAACCGAGAUGGAGAUCACGCGGCUCGUGGAACAGAACCCCACUCUACUUCGGCUCGGCCUCCACCUCGAGUACAGCGACGCUCGCCAUCGCGUCGCCUCGCACCUGCAACGCAACAUCGACAGAAAUUGCCGUGUGCAAAAGCGGGCUACCACGUCCCUAAGCUUGCGGUUGCCCCGCGGCCGACCGCCCGCUGUGGGGGUCGACAGUAGCUUCUUUAACCUCACACCGCCAAGCGCCGAAACCGCCACGCCCACAAGUGAGAGAAGAAUAACCGAUAAACCGAUAUCGAACGAACCGGUAUCGCCAUUGGAUAUACCUAAUGGGGCGGACAGGUUCGUGAUGGCGCAGCCGCCAGUGCUCCAUCCAGAACCGCACUCGUGGGCGAAUCCGACGCUUGACCCUGUUCACGCGCAGCCCCAGCUACGUGGCGGGUUGGAUCCCCUGACCGGACCGCACCGCACCGAACGCCGUCACGCUCUUUGUCACUGUGUAGCCGUUAUAUCUUUUCGUGGCCCGUUAAAUUGAUUACAACUUGUACUUCUUCAAAGUUAACUGUCGCCAGUAAACAUUAGCUUUAGUACAAGACUUGCUCGCUAUCAAUCGGGAUCAGUUUUUCGCACAUCACACUCUAUUCAUACUAAGUAAAAUGGGCCUAUUUAUAUAUUAAUUAUACCCUAAUUAUGUCCGUUUUCACUCAAGGCAUCAACCUAAAUAUAACGCCUAAUGAUUUAGGCGGCGUCUUUAGAAAAAAAAAACGGAUCACCUGCUCUUAGGUGAUAACUAUUGGUAAACAGUUGGUGUACGUCUUGUAAUCUCCUUAGACUAGGCAUUACAAAACUGGCAUUAGAGUCGCAAAUCAUGUACCGAUUUUUUUUAUUUUACAAAUGUUCUGCAAAUAGCCCUAGUUGAAUGCUUUCGGGCAAAUUUGAGCUUUAAAACAAUAAAAGAUCCAGUUUACCACGAUGUUCAAGUAUUUCGAUAUUCGAACACGACUCCUCGAUUGCGAGAGACUAAAUCUUGUACUAGGGGUAAAUAAUGUUAAUUAAUUAUAUAAACGGCUAAACCCACUAUUAAUUUCAAACCGUUUGGUUUGGGGGUUAUUUGGAAUAGAGCAACUGCUGAGUUUCUUGCCCAUUGUCUAUCUUUUGCCGUACUAGAUAUUCUGAUUGGCUCAAAGUUUCAAAAUUGAUAAGGCCUACCUGAAAUGAAUUUUUAAUCAUAAGAAAUAGCUCGAAACUAGUUAUAGUACAUACUCCGAGUGUAUUCAGUCGUUUACAUAAUUCAUUACAUUUUGCUUGACGUUUCAAUAUAAUACGUUGUAUGUAAGCGCAGACGACAUUUAAGCUGCGCGCUAUCAAGACGCUAUAAGGCUGCCAUAGGCUGCAUAAUCAGUUGCUCAUCGCUUUUUAUUUAAGCUAUGACGUUCAUUUCUUGUUUUGUGUUAUGUAAAAAAAUCAGUCGUAAAACUAACACGCGUCUCGUGUUAAAUUUUAAGGUAUCCAGAGGCACUAAUCCUGUUAACUGAAUUAACGAAUGCGUUAAAGAAUGUCGCCUGCGCGUAGAACUUGUUAUGUAUGAUGAAAUGACAAAAUAUUGAAAAUGUAUGGUAUUUUAUCCGAUUUAUUUUAUUGUCGCUUAUGGUCACAUCAUAAUAGUAUAGCCAUAACCGCAUAAGUCACGCACUUAUGUGUUAAUUGCUAAUAAUAAUGUACAAUUAGCUUCAGCGACACGCGCGACACUGCGUACGCGGCUAUUUGUGACGCACGCGACGCGAUUUUAUCGUGUACGCUUGCUUUUCUUGGUAAACUAUUUGUUUGCUAUAAUUAGAUAGUAAAUAUAUUACCUCAAUAUCAUAAGUUGAAUAUGACGAAUCACAUUCAACUUGAGAUGAGAUUGAAUAUUAAAAUCAAUUUUAUUUUAUAUUGUUAUUAUUAUAUAAGUGUUGUAUGACCUUAAGUUACAAUAAAAUUAAAUUCAGGAACAAGAAAACACAUCUGUUAAAAAAAAUUAAAUUAAUCUGAUUUUGCUUACCGGCUUAUCCUUAUUAAUAGAAUUUAUAAGCGUGUAGAAUUGCUGCUUUUUAAGCGAUAUUGAAGUUCUUCUAUUCGAUUCGAUUAAUGUUUUGAAUUUUUCAUCGUAUUUAAUGCUUAUUUUUUUAUAUGACGACACGAUUAUUAUCGGACUGUAUAAGCUUAAUGCAAUGUAUUAUUAUAGCAUUCUCUUCUAAACGGUGCUGAAAGCGUAACUUUACAGGCGCGUUUUAAUUAAAUGAAUUAAUAUUUACGACACUUUAGUAAUAAAUUUAUGACUCUAUUGACUACACAUUUUCAAAGAUUCGAAUCGACGGAAUAAAAAUGUAUGCUUGAUGAAAGAAUAUUGUGCGCGAACAAGAAUUAUGAUUUUAUUUGGAAAUCGGACAAUCAUGAAAAAUCGAUGUCGAAUCGCAACUCGAUGGCAGGCCCAUCACUAGUUGCAAAAGAGACAGAUAAUGUUUAUAAUUUUUGUAUAACGUCAUUAAAAUCAUAAAUCCUGCUCCAUAUUAUCUGAUUGUUUCGUACGUUUAUAUAAUAUUAAUUCUAAUUCUAGUGUGCUAAUGAAAUCGUAUUAAUUUUAAUCAUUAAAUAAAUAAAUUGUAAUACCUAUAUGUUUAGACUGCACAUUCCAUUAAUGCAUAACAGGCUUCUCUAUUCUAUAUAAAUUAAAAAAAAAGCUAAUAAAAUAUAUUUUAUAAAUAUUUAUAAUUUUUGUUAUAUUUUAUAAAUUGACAAAGUGGCUCUUUCGAUUCUUUUCCGUUUGACGUUUGCAUGCUCUACUUUUGACAGCUGCCAAAAGAAAUUCGUUGGGACGCAAAAUUAGAGAUGUCAUUUUGCAGACUCUAAUCGAUAUAUGUCGAGACUGAACUGUCAAUAAAAAAAAUGCAGUAUACUAGAAAGCAGAAUAAUCUGCCAAUUUAUUACCAAUAAUGAAGAGAAGUCAUGUUUUGUGUCAAUGGAUUUUAAGUUUUAACAUUUUCAACUAAGCACUAGGUUUUUCGCAGUGCGCUAGAACUAUGCUAAAAGCUUAUAUGCACUGCGAUAGAAAACUCAAGUAUUGGUUUUGUAAGAUCCACUCAACAUUUUACGUCCAAGCGAGCUGUGAAAUAUUUUUACGUCCACGUGAGCUGUAAAAUAAUUUUACGUCUACGUGAGUCGUGAACUAUUUUUACGGCUACGUGAGCUGCGAAAUAUCGACCGUUCAAGCUAGCUGUGAAAUAUUAUUUAGUUCGCGGACCAUCGUGAAAUAUUUUUACAUCUACUACGUGAGCUGUGAAAUAUUUUGACGCCCACUUGAGCUGCUAUAUAUUUCUUAGAGCCGUGAAAUUUAAGAGUUGAUUAAAGCUCUGGCUUACCUUUUGCUUUCUUGAAAUUAAAUAUUUGCUUACCUUUUAAAUUGUAACUUUAUGUAUAUUUGAUAGUGAAUCUACUGGGGAUACUAGUGUCCAUAACAUUGUGAUAAACAUCAUGUUUUUCCAUUAAAAAGAAAAUGAAAAUAUU